AUCCGCAGCGGAUCAUAUAAAAGCCCACACCUGGAUUCCAACAUCAUCAGUUGCUUUUGGUAUCUUCUUCUGUUAACAUAAUGUUUAAAAUUUUCGUGUGCGUUUUGGUUUUGGCAGCAGCCGUAAGUGCUGACUACGACUUCAAAGAUUCUGAAUUCAAUGAACUGCUAUUGGAUGAUUUCCAAUUGGGUUUGGAGGAUGAUGAAGUAUUGAGAUUCAGACGUGGUGCUGAAGUUGCUGCAGCAGCUUCCGAGCAAAAAGAAUGUACCCGUGAGAAGAACAAGAAGGACAAGGAUUGCUUCUGUUGCAAUGGCAGCAAAGCUGAUCCAGCCCAUGUUGAGGUCAUGAAGGAGGUCAAGAAGGAGUGUAUUGCCCAAAUUCGUGGUGCUAGUGCUCCUAGUUACGAUCCCUUCGAUUGUGAACAGAUGAAACUCUUGAAGGAACAAAGCGUCUGCACUGCCGAAUGCAUUGCCAAGAGAUUCAAUUUGGUGGACGAACAUGGUGACAUGAAACGUGAAUCAGUUUUGGUGAAUCUUCGUGCUAAAAUUGGUGACAAUAAUGUCUGGAAGUCAGAAGCUGUUGAAGGAUUUGUCGACAAGUGUUUGGCUGAAUUGAAGGCAUCCAAGGAGAAGUCAGCAGAAGCAGCAGCAGCUUUGAAGAAGGAAUCACAACCAAUUGAAAAAGAGAGCCGCGAUGAGAAGGUUGGAUGCAAUCCAUGCCCAUUGGAAUUCUCACACUGUAUCUGGAGGGAGGUUGUUCAGGGAUGUCCAGCUGAGUCUCAGAUCGAUAGUGGAAAAUGCAAGAAGAUCCGAGAGGGUUUGGCCAAGGGUGAUAAGUCAUUCUUGAACAAGCAUUUCCUCCAUCAUUUCUCCGCCCACAGUGAAGAUAAGAAAAGUUGGGAAUAAUUUCUUUAUUCCAAAAAAUUUAUGAUUGACAUAAUUUUUGAUUAACCACUCUUUAGGACCUGACUUGGAAUAAUAAAAGAAUCUUUUUUUUUU